GCUUCUUGUAGGUAGGAGGCCGGCAGAGCUGUGACAUUCAGUGUUCUCAUGCCUGUGUCAACUGUGUAAAUAUCUAAAGAUGAACAUUGUACGCUCGUCUCUUUCCCGACUGCGUGGAAUAACCAAUUUCACCAGCAGCGUCCCUGCAGGGAACCUCGCAGUAACUGGCAACACUCACCUUAGAUUAUUCAGCAACUGGAUUGUGCCCAGAGCAGCAGCGGGACCUCAGAUUUCCAGAUGUGGGCCACUGUCUUCACAAGCUGAGGGUUCAGGAGUGUUCCAACAACUUCCUUGGCAAUACCAGCAGGUACGGACAAAGAAACGGGGAACAGAGUAUCAGCCCAAGAACAUCAAACGCAAGAGGACCCACGGUUGGAUCAAGAGGAUGAGCACACAAGGCGGCAUCGAGGUGGUUCUACGGCGCAUGUUGAAGGGACGGAAAUCACUCACACACUGACGGACCCUGUUGGAAAACCUACAAGAAAACAGACACUGGUUCAGAAACACUGGCGCUGCUCAGGGUGCUCAGUAAAGACCUUGUGGAAUGGGUUAACUGGUGAUACUGGGUGGGUUGGGUGUGGCUCUCCUAGUGCAUUAAUAAUGGGCAGGAGAAUGAAAACUGGCCUUUGACAAACAAUUUGCAUUUACCUUAGGGUAAAAAGAAGCCUGGUAGUUUCAUGCAGUUGCUUUUGAUCCAUAAAGUUUUGUUCAUAAUCAUUAAAUGUUAUCAGAUGUAUAGAUUGUUUGAAGUGAAGUCAUUUGAUUCUAAGACAAAAUGUGUCUAUAAAGAUUGGUUGUUCUCAAAUGAAAACACCAAUUCUGGUUGAUUUGGAAAUAAAAAAACACCUGCAGAAUUCA